GGCUAGAAGUGUUGACCAGCGCAUCAAAGCAACCGGCUUAUUUUGCACAAAAUUCUCGUCUCGGCAAAAUGUCUUCGCCAGCGCCCAAAUCACCGGAACUUUCGGAUAAAAGCAAGAAAUAUGAUAGACAAAUCAGGCUGUGGGGCGAGCAUGGACAGACGCUUUUGGAGGCGGCCACAAUCUGUUUGGUGAAUGUUACGGCCGUGGGCUGUGAAACUGUGAAAGGAUUGGUCCUACCUGGCAUCGGAGGCUUCACGGUGGCCGAUGGUAGCACCGUCAAGGAGGAGGAUCUGGGCAACAAUUUCUUCCUGGACUCCAGCUAUCUGGGCAAAUCCAAGGCUUUUGCCUGCAUGCAGCUCCUCCAGGAACUCAAUCCAGAUGUAAACGGCGAUUAUGUGGACGAGAGUGCCGACUAUAUAUUGGGCAACAGGCCCAACUUCUUCGACAGCUUCGACUUGGUGAUCGCCUCCAAUCUGAAUGAGCAGACUUUGCUGCUUCUAGCCGAACGUUUGUGGGAGGUCAAUGUGCCAUUCAUAUACUGCCGAUCCCUGGGUAUGCUGGGCACCAUUCGCCUGCAAAUACGGGAGCACUGCAUCGUAGAGGCGCAUCCGGAUAACAGGCAGUUCGAUCUGCGUCUGGAGCAUCCGUUUGAUGCUCUGCGGGAGCACCUCGAAGGCACCGAAGUGACCAGCAAGGUGCCCUGGUUACUGGUGCUCCACAAAUACCUGAAUGUCUGGCAGAAGCAACAGGCGGACGGGGCCCAAACGCCACGAAAUUACAAGGAGAAGAACCAGUUGAGGGAGACAAUUCGGGAGGAGAUGAAGGCGGAUGAGGAGAACCACGAAGAGGCCAUCAAGGCGGUCAAUACGGCAUUUGGAGCGGGCCAGGUUCCCAAGAGCCUCAAAGCCAUUUUCGAGGAUGACGCCUGUGAACAGCUUAACAAGAAGAGCAGCGUCUUCUGGAUCAUGGCGAAGGCCCUAAAGCACUUUGUGAUACAUGAGAACGGGGGCCAUCUGCCGCUGCCUGGCGUUCUGCCCGACAUGACGGCCAACACGGACUCGUACAUCGCCCUGCAGCACGUCUACCGACAACAGGCGCUGCAGGAUGCCGACCAGGUGUACCACAAGUGCCAGGACUACCUCAAGCAGCUGGCCCUGCCCGCCGACAGCAUUGAUGAGAGAAGUGUGCGCCUGAUUUGCCGGGAAGCGGCCGGAUUGGCGGUCAUAAGGGGCACUCGCAUUGCGGAGGAAUACGAGAAGAGCAGUCGCCUGCUGCAACUAGUUGAGGACAACGAGCUGCAGGGCAAUCUAACCGCCUACAAUUUUGCGCUUCGUGCCUACGAGCGUUUCAUAAGUGAGUGCGGCAACAUUCCCGGCGAGUGCAUCGUGGAGCAGGACAUUGGACGUUUGAAGAGCAUUGCCGCCAAGAUGCUGGGCGAUUUGGGCAUGCAUGCCACCAUCAGCGACGAUGUGCUGCACGAGAUUUGUCGAUACGGCGGAGCCGAGCUGCAUGCAGUCUCGGCAUUCAUAGGUGGCUGUGCUGCCCAGGAGGUGAUCAAGAUCAUUACCAAACAAUACAAGCCCAUCGAUAAUACUUUUAUAUACAAUGCUAUAACCACUGAAAGUGUCACGUUGAAGCUAUAAAAAAAUCAUAUUUUCAUAGAAUCCUAACA